AUGACGGAUUCCAAUUGGACACUAGGUACUGGAAUGAUCAUUGACGGCAACAUCACUCUACCCAUUGACACAUUGCUGGAUCUUUUUGGAUCUGAGUAUGGAAGUUACAUGAGCCCGUACGGUGCUCCUUAUAUGCAAAGAGCACUGCCACCGUCGAACCUUGAUACACCGGCUUCAGAUCCAUCAUGGCCUUACAACUACCAUGUUUACAAAGUUGAGAAGUCCUUUAAUUGUCUAGCUGGGCUAAUCGCGCUAUGGUUUGGACAGCUAGGACAAGGUGUGCAUUACUACAUGUCGACCAAUGUUUUGGGGUUGAUAGUUGGCGGAUACUUGUCAAGGGUUACUCUUAGCUAG